AUGCAUAUCAAGCACCAGGCGGUAUUGGAACUUCUAAAAUAUUAUAAAUUAAAAAUAUCUUUUAUAAUUUUUUUUUUUUUUUAUUUUUUUUUUUUUUAUUUUUUUUAUGGGUUUUGGAAUUUGAAUAAAAAAAAAAAAUUUUUUUACAAAACCGUAAAAAAUAGUAUUGGUCAGGUAAUUUUAAGAGACAUGUCAAAUAAUUAA